AAGUACCCUUAUCUUUCUAGUAUUGAAGAAAGCUUCUAUAGGGAGCUUAAAGGGAAAGGAAAAAACCGGUCAACUGUCCUCCAUAUUAAACCGCCACCUCUCCACUUUAGUUUGGUCCUCUGCCUCUAUAUACUAAGUGGGUCCAAAAAACCAAACACACCUUCAUCAAACCCAACACCAAAAACAACAAAAGAAAGAAUAAAAAAACACAGAAAAAUCAAUUAAAAAAACAUUUACUCAAACAAGAAACAAGAGAAAGCACCACAAUACAUGUCAAUGUCUAAGAAGAAACCAAAUCUCAAUGGCAAAACUGAUUAAACAAACCACCAAAAAGAUGACACAACUCUGCCGGAAAAUCGUUCAGGUCGACGUUCGUUACGGCGUUCUUCAAAGGGUUUCUUUUGUUGGUCAAUUCUUUCGAUUCCUUUGGAAUAAACUCAUGGUUUGCUCUCUUGGAGGCUCACCACCUCAAUACACAAGGUUACCCCUACGUGGUUCAUCCUCUUCGCUGCCGUCUCCGGCCACCGUUGACGACGGUUUCUCUCAUGAACAACAACAUAUCUCAAAUGGGUAUGAGUCGGAUUCUGAUUUGGUUAACCUCAAGAUUAGUUUGUUGGGUGAUUGUCAUAUUGGAAAAACCACUUUUUUGAUCAAAUAUGUAGGAAAUGAAGUAGAAAAGAGAAGUUUACAAAUGGAAGGAUUGAAUUUAAUGGAUAAAACUUUAUCUGUUCAAGGAGCUAGAAUUUCAUUUUGUAUAUGGGAUGUUGCAGGUGAUAAAAAGUCCUUGGAUCAAAUUCCUAUGGCAUGUAAAGAUGCAGUUGCUGUUUUGAUUAUGUUUGAUCUCACUAGUCGUUGUACAUUAAACAGUGUUGUUGGUUGGUACAGUGAAGCAAGAAAAUGGAAUCAGAGUGCAAUACCUAUUUUAAUAGGAACUAAGUUUGAUGAUUUUGUAAGACUUCCCCCAGAUUUACAAUGGACAAUUGUGACACAGGCAAGGGCAUAUGCAAGGGCAAUGAAUGCAACCCUAUUUUUCUCAAGUGCAACACACAAUAUAAACGUCAACAAAAUUUUCAAGUUUAUCAUGGCAAAGCUCUUUAACUUGCCUUGGACGAUAGAAAGAAAUUUGAAAGUUGGAGAACCCAUUAUUGACUUCUAAAUUCUUCUUUACGUUCCUUCCUUUUUAUGUGUAUAUAGAAAAUAAGAGAAGAAACAAAAUUGGAAAAAGAGAAAGAAACAAAACUAGUCUUCCUUUUCGUAUUAACUUGGAUCAAUCAACAUUUAGCACCUAGCUAGGAAGGUAGGCACUACCUAAUUUACGUGUAUUUUUUUUAGGACAAAUUUGACUCCUCUAAGCUACUACAUAAAUGUGUUUAUAAUGUAACAUUAUUCUAUGAGGAAGAGAAAAAGGCUAUAUUUUUACUCCA